CACCACCACCCAACCCAGCUCCUGGCUCUCUCGCAUGCACCACCCCUCUCUUCUCCUCUUUGGAGAAAGAAGGAGAUGGGCUACGCCUUAUGCUUUCCCGUCGCAGUCCUCUUUUUCUUCUUCUUUCUUCUCUUUGUAGAUGUGCCGAUACCCUCCCAACCGUUCUCCAUCUUCUUCUCCUUCUUGCCUUCUCCUUUGCAUGUGACGCACGAUGAUCGUCCCCAAGUUUGUGAUUACUCGUAUGGGCACUGGGUCUGGGACGAGGGGUAUGGCUCGAAGUAUUAUGGCGAAGACUGCCCGUUCUUGGACCCGGGAUUCCAGUGCCGCGCCAAUGGCCGGAAGGACACUGCCUACCUCAAUUGGCGGUGGCAACCUUAUGGGUGUGACCUCCCUAGAUUCAAUGCCACUGAUAUGCUAGAGAGAAGCAGGAAUGGAAAGAUUAUAUUCGCCGGGGAUUCAAUUGGGAGAAACCAAUGGGAGUCAUUAGUGUGUAUGCUGGCUAAAGGUGUAGGAAACCCAUCCAGGAUCUUCGAGGAGUAUGGGAGCCCCAUAACCAAACACUGGGGCUUCCUUUCCAUAGUUUUCCAAGACUACAACCUUACGGUGGAGUACUACCGCUCUCCCUAUCUCGUCGUCAUGGGUCGCCCUCCGGCAGACUCCCCGAGCCAAGUCAAGAGGACCAUUCGGCUUGACGUCUUGGCUUGGCAGUCCAAACGAUGGGCAGAUGCUGAUGUGCUCAUCCUCAAUGCCGGUCACUGGUGGAACGAAGACAAGACCACCAAAUCAGGAAGCUAUUUUCAAGUUGGUCAAGCUUUAAACAUGACCAUGGAUGUGAAGGAGGCAUUUGGAAGGACUCUACGGACAGUGAGAGAGUGGGCCCUCAGGAACCUAAAGCAAGAGAACAGUUAUUUCUUCUUCCGAAGUUAUGCUCCAUCUCACUAUAGCAAUGGCACAUGGGACAACGCAGGCUCAUGUCACACAGAUUCAGCACCAGAAACCAAGGCUAGUGCACUCGAACUGGAGCCAUGGAACAAUGAAGUCAUCUCAGAUAUGAUCGAAGAGAUGAAGGGUGAUGGAAGGAAAUUAGUGCAGCUUCUCAACAUCACAUAUUCGACAGGAUUUAGGAAAGAUGGCCACCCUUCGAGCCACCGGGAGCCGGGCACCCCGGCUGAUGCUCCUCAAGAUUGUAGCCACUGGUGCCUUCCGGGGGUGCCUGAUAUGUGGAACGAGCUCCUAUAUGCUCAUCUCUUGUCAAUGGAUUAUGACACCAAGAGAAAAAUUUGAUGCCAGGAAACAAUGACUUAGUGGGCAGAGAGAAUCAUGUAAAAUAUAGUAGUCUAUAGUGUAGUCGGACCAGCCAAGCAUUCUGCAACAAAACUUGAUGUUGUUUGGGCCAGGUUGAAUACAUGGCCUGUUCUGUUCAUAACAUCCUGGGCCUGAUUCGGCCUAAUAGCUUCCUUGGAUGGAGGAAGUACAUAUAAACACAGUGCUUCCAUCUCUGUGGGAAAAAGAUGGGUUUUGAUGAUAAGAGGGUCGGGUGACAUAAGAUUUUCGAUGAAUAUUUUUUU